CAACAAUAUGGUACACACACCCAAUAAGAAUUAGGAAAUAAGAACAUUUCCAAUUUGUAGCAGAAUUCUCCACUUAAACCUCAAACAGAUUACAAUAUAUCAGCAACACACAAAAUUUGCAGAUAAAAUCAGAGCAUAAGAAACAAAUAUCUGCAUUACAACCAAUCAUCAACAUUAACUUAUACAUAAUUGAUAAUUCCCCUCAAGUUUCCUGUAACCUGUUCCUGUAAUACUACUACCAGAGAAAAAUGGCAUCAACUAUGUUCAGUAGCUCUUCUUGUAUCGCCUCAAAUACUUAUCGGCGAAAACAUGGUCUUAAUUGUAACCUACAAAUUCGGAACGACUUUGUUCUAGAAGAGACAUCUUCCAAUGACAGAGAUGAUCAUGAGAAGCUUGUUUCUGGAUUAUUGAAGAGAAGAUCACUAGUUCUGCAAUCUGGGUUUGUUCCUCUGGUUACCUCUGUAACAGCUUUUGGAUUUCCAGCACCGGGUUUGGCUGUAAUUAAGCAAGGGCCUCUAGCAGGAAGAGUACCUGGAUUAUCUGAGCCGGAUGAACAAGGUUGGAGAACAUACCAGAGGCCAGAUGACAAGUCUGGAGGCCAUGGGGUUGGGUGGAGUCCCAUUAUUCCUUACCUUUUCAAAGUCUCUGGAGACUGGGACGAGGUUCCUGUAUCUAUUGCAGACCUAGGCGGCACAGAAAUUGAUCUCAGAUUUGCAAACCCCAAACAAGGCCGUUUAUUUGUCAUAGUUGCUCCUGUCCGUAGAUUUUCAGAUGUACUUGGGGACAAUACCACAAUCCAAGAAAUUGGAACACCUGAGAAGGUGAUUAGUGCCUUUGGACCAGAAGUAACAGGAGAAAAUGUAGAAGGGAAAGUUUUAAGCAUGGAAGUAGCAGAGCAUUCAGGAAGAAGAUAUUACCAGUAUGAAUUGGAGCCACCUCAUGUUUUUAUCACAGCUACUGCAGCUGGAAAUCGGCUUUAUCUAUUCUGUGUUACUGGAAGUGGUCUUCAAUGGAAGAGAAAUUACCAGGAUCUGAAACGAAUAGCUCAAUCUUUCCGUAUUGUUUGAGUUGGCUAGUUCAAAGGAGUCCAACAAAUGCCACAAUGGAGGAUCAUUUCCUUCUUCAUCAUGCAGUUUAGUAGAGGACUAAACAUAUUGUAAAGUAGACAUAAAAAGUUCAAGUCACAAAUUUAGACCUUCUCGAGUGCAGAAUGUUUAUCAGGUCUGACUGCUAGCUUCAUCAGACAAGGUGAACAAUGAUCAACUACUCAUUUUGCAACAGUCUGUAUUUAUCUAUAAAGAGCUUCAGUGGAAAUAUCAUUUAUAGACAGAUCACAGAUAA